UCUACCUACCUACCUACCUACCUCGCUGCAGGACAGUAAUCUCUCUUGUCUAUCCUUAAAUCUAUUUCUCCCCACACACAAUGAAGUUCUCCGCCUCCAUCGUCGCAGCGCUGGCGGCUUCGCCGCUCGUUGCCGCUGCUCCCGCUCCUUUCCCGCGCAUCGACAAGAGAUGGGUGGACACCAACGCUGAGUUCAGCGGCACCAAGAUGCCGGCUCACUACGUCGCCAACAUCCGCAAGAUUGCCCGCGAGAAGGCCGUCCGCAAGAGACAGCUCGACCAGCUUCUCGGCGGCCUGACUGGCGGCGCGGGAGCCGACGCGGCGGGCGGAGCUGCAGGAGGCGAUCUCCUCGGUGGACUCCUCGGCGGCAAAGGCAAAGGCGCGGCCGGAGACGCGGCCGGAGGCGCAGCGGGUGGUGGGCUCGCUGGGCUCCUUGGUGGUGCGGCGGGUGGUAAUGCGGCAGGUGGCGCUGCCGGAGGCGAUCUGCUCGGUGGACUGCUCGGCGGCAAGGGCAAGGGCGCCGCUGGAGAUGCCGGAGGAAACGCAGCGGGAGGAGCCGCUGCAGGCACAACAGGAACAGGAGCGACGGGAACGAACGCCGGCACCACCGGAGCGGCAAAGGGCAAGGCCACGGGUAAAGCAGCAGGCGCGGCCGGUACUGGCGCAACUGGCGCGGCGAAUAACGGCACUGCGGCGGCUGCAGGUGCUGCGGGCACUGGCACACAAGGUACAGGUGCUGCGGGCGCGGGUACUGCGGCCGGCCAGGGAACACAAGGAACAGGCGCGGGUACUACCGCCGCUGGACAAGGCACGCAGGGCACCGGAAUCGGGGCAGCAGGCACUGCUGGUACUGGCACGCAAGGCACGGGUGCUGCGGGCGCGGGUACCGCGGCUGGCCAAGGCACGCAAGGCAUUGGCGCUGGCACUGCCGCUGGGCAAGGCACGCAAGGUACCGGGACAGCGGGGACCGCCGGCACUGGCGCGGGCACUGCAGGGACCGGAACGACGGGCACUGGCUCGGGCUCAGCUGGAACCGCAGGAACCGCAGGAACCGCGGGGACCGCAGGAACUGGAACCACUGGCACCGGCACGGGCUCAGCAGGAACCGCAGGAACCGCAGGAACAGCAGGAACAGCAGGAACAGCAGGAACAACAGGCUCUCAGGCUGGCGUUGGCUCAGCGGGCACCGGCAGCGGCACCACAGGAACGGGCGCAGGUACCGGAUCAGCAGGUGCAGGAACAGCAGGUACCGCAGGAAUAGCAGGGUCAAACGGCCAAACUGGUACCGGCGCGGGUACGGCUGCUGGCCAGGGCACGCAAGGCCAGGCUGGUACAGGCGUUCAAGGCACCGGCGUUAACUCGCAAGGAACGGGCGCCGGAACUACUGGACAGACGGGCCAGCAAGGCACUGGGGCUGCGUCUCAGGGCCAGACGGGCACCGGCGCCGCCACAGGGCAGACAGGAACCGGCGCCGCAGCAUCCGGCCAGCAGCAAGGCAGCGGAACAACACCCGAGCAGGCUGCCGCAGAUGCUGAGGAGGCUGCCGCAGACGCUGCGGAGGAAGCAGAGGACGAGGAGUGAAAGCCUAGCUAGGCUGGCUGUCUGCAGCUUCUCUCUGGU